AUGGUCAAUCUCGACGAGGACCUGUACCGCCAGAUCAUCUUUCUUGCUGGCCAGAGCUCUCGCGAUAGCUCACGGAGGGACCAGAUCUGUAUCGACAUAUUACGGACAUGCUGUCUCGUCUCCAGGACAUGGCGAAGACUGGCACAACCAAUCCUCGAGCAGACAAUCGUUCUUGAUAAUGGAGACCAGCUUGAAAAACGUCUUCUCAACCGAUCAAAGAAGGAAUUGCGCUUGCUUCGGGACCUCGUCAUAAGGCAGCCUGGUGGAGGACACUGGGAGAUGGAUGUGCAGGCCAUACUCAAUGCUAUACCGACCGAGAAGCUGAGAAGUCUGCUUUUUUUCGAGGAUGCAGGACGCUACCGCUCGCCACCAUUUGACGACCGAAGUGUCAUUGGUACGGCCGUGUAUACGCCACCACCACUAAAACAUGAUCUAUCGAGCCUGCGCGAAGCACUCCUAUGUAACAUACACGGAGGGUCUUCCUGGCUACCUCUGCUACAGGUCACGCCAGCACUGAAAGACUUGACAUUCUAUCAUGCCGGAUGGUCCGGACGAUCAGAAUACCAAGGAAGCCCUUCGUACCUGCCAACCCAACCGCCACCAUUUUCCCUCCGGCGUUUCGAGAUCUUUCGAUCGCAUAUUCAACCUGAACCAUUGCGAUGGGCGCUUUCCAAGAGCGUCGAUACCCUGACCCACGUAAAUAUACGGUUUCUCCAACGUGAAUGGGACACCUUCAUCACCAUAUCUGCACUACGCGAACAAGGUCAGCUGCCCAACGUCACCCAUCUGACCAUAGAGUCAAGCGAGGAUAGGUGCAAAAAUUUCGAUUGGCAUUUGUCCGAUCCCUUGUCAAAAUGGUCCGGGAUAAAAACAGUAUACAUGUUCGGCGAUGACAGCAAAUGCCGAGGCGCCAUCGUUCACGGCCUCUCAGAACUUCACCCAAUCCCGCACAUCGAGAUGGGUGUUGGGGAUAUGCGUUUGCACGAGUUCAGAGCCCUCUUCAGACUACGGAAAGGUAAGUUUCAGAGAAACACGAGGUUGAGACUUGUCACGAAAGCACCACGAUGGAGAGCUCGUGGAGGUGGUGGAUACAUCCAUUGGGACUGGGAGGCCCCUGCUUAUUGGGAGGAAAUGGAGGAGGACGCUGUCGAGAUUGCGGCGAAGCACGGGGUUGUGCUUGAGCUUGCCAGUACUUCCCUGUAUGCAUGA